CUACACUGGAAAUCACCAUUCAGCUUUUGGUAAACACACCCGCGACCUCCCCGAGAUCUGGUCCUGCUCUGCUCUCCCAGUGCACCUCUGACAUGGAGGAAAUGCUGUCCUUCUGGGAUGUGGUCGUUGAUUUCUCUCCAGAAGAGUGGGAAUGCCUGGAGCCUGCUCAGUGGAGUCUGUACAGGGAUGUGAUGCUGGAGACCUACAGCCACCUUGUGUUCCUGGGUCUUGCUGUGUCUAAGCCCCAUCUGGUGACAUUUCUGGAGCAGAGACAAGGGCCUUGGGAUGUGAGGACACAAGCAGCUGCCACUGUGCCUCCAGGAACAAUGCCUAAUGUCUGUAACAAUUACAGCAAGGCCUUUGAUUAUAACUCACUCCUUAUUAAACACCAGAGAACUCAUACAGGGGAGAAACCCUACAAGUGUGAAGAAUGUGGUAAGGCCCUUAGCUCUCGCUCAACCCUUUCAAUACACCAGAGACUUCAUACUGGGGAAAAGCCCUACAAGUGUAAAGUGUGUCAUAAGGCCUUCAGUACUCGCUCAUCACUCUUUAUACACCACAAAAAUCAUACUGACGAAAAAACCUACAAGUGUGAAGAAUGUGGCAGAUCAUUUUACUACCCUUCAAUGCUGAAGCAACACCAAAGAAUUCAUUCUGGAGAGAAACCCUACAAGUGUGAAAAAUGUGACAAAGCCUUUUAUGACCCUUCCUUCCUUAAGCAACAUCAAAAAGUUCAUUGCAGAGAGAAACCCUACAAGUGUGACGAGUGUGGCAAAGCAUUUUCCUCUGCCUUAGUCCUUAGCCAGCAUAAAGAAACCCAUUCUGAAGAGAAAAGAUACGAGUGUAAUGAAUGUGGCAAAUCCUUUUGCUAUCCUUCAUUUCUUAAGCAACGUCACAGAAAUCAUUCCGGAAAGAAUCUCUGCAAUUGUGGAGACUGCGAAAAAAGAUUUUCCUGCUCUUCACACCGACAGGUACAUCAAAAAACUCAUACUCUAGAGAAACCAUAUACCUGUGAAGAUUGUCACAAAGACUUCCGUAAUCACUCAUCCCUUAGAAGACACAGGGCAGCUCAUACUGGAGAGAAACUCUACAAGUGUGACCUGUGUGGAAAAGGAUUUACUAAGCCCUCUGUGCUUACAGAGCACAAGAUAGCUCACACUGGAGAGAAACCCUUCAAGUGUGAGGUGUGUGGCAGAUGUUUUUCUUCUUCUUCAGCUCAUAGGAGACACCAAUUAAUUCACUCUGAAGACAAUCCCUACAAGUGUGGGGAAUGUGGCAGAGCCUUUUCUACGUUUUAUUCUCUUACUCAGCACAAGCUUGUUCAUUCUGGAGAGAAACCAUACAAGUGUGCAGAAUGUGGGAAAGCCUUUUCUUACAAUUUUUCCUUAGUUCAGCACAAGCUGAGUCAUACUGGAGUGAAAUCCUAUCAGUGCGAAGAAUGUGGGAAGAUGUUUUAUUCUACUUCAAAGUUGAAGAAACAUAGAAGACUUCAUUGUCAAGAGAAACUGUACAAGUGUGAAGUCUGUGGAAAAGCCUUUUCUACUAAUUCUUCCCUGAUUCAGCACAAAAUAGUUCAUAGUGGAGAGAAAUGCCACAAGUGUGAAGAGUGUGGAAAAAUGUUUGCCUCUACCUCAAAACUGAAGAGACACAAAAGAAUUCAUUGUGAAGAGAAACCCUUCAAAUGUGAAGAAUGUGGCAAGGAUUUUCGUACUCACCCAGAACUUUCUGUACACAAGAGAACUCACACCAAUGAGAAACCACACAGAUGUGAGGAAUGUGGAAAAACCUUUUCUACUCUCUCAUACUUUACUUUGCACAAAUUACACCAUACUGGCGAGAAAUCUUAUAAAUGUGACGAAUGUAGCAAAAUGUUUUACUCUACUUUAGAUCUUAAAAAACAUAAAAAAAUUCAUACUGGAGAGAAACCAUACAAGUGUGAAGACUGUCACAAAACCUUUACUACACGUACAACCCUUAAGAGGCACAGGACAGUCCACAGUGGAGAGAGACCCUACAAGUGUGACCUGUGUGGGAAGGGUUUUAUUAAGCCCUCUGUCCUCACUGAACACAAGAUAGCUCACACUGGAGAGAAACCCUACAAGUGUGAAGAGUGUGGCAAAUGUUUUUCCUAUUCUUCAGACUUUAAAACACAUCAAAGAAUUCAUUCUAAAGACAAUCCCUUCAAGUGUGGGGAAUGUGGCAAAGCUUUUACUAAGCUGUAUACACUCACCCAGCACAAGCUUGUUCACACUGGAGAGAAACCAUACAAGUGUGAGGAGUGUGGCAAAGGAUUUUCUUGUUCUUCAUAUGUUAAGGUCCACAAAACAAUUCAUUCUGAAGAGAAGGCCUUCAAGUGUGGGGAAUGUGGCAAAGCCUUUGUUAAUCGUUAUACCCUUUCUCGACACAGGACAGUUCAUACAGGAUCAAAACCCCACAAGUGUAAAGACUGUGGGAAGGCCUUCGACAGGAACUCAGUGCUCAUUCAGCAUCGAAGGAUCCACACUGGAGAGAGACCCUAUGCAUGCGAAGAAUGUGGCAAAUCCUUUAACUACUCUUCCAGCCUUAAACAGCACCAAAGGAUUCACACCGGAGAGAAACCCUACAAGUGUGAAGUGUGUGGCAAAGCUUUUAACUGUUCUUCCUACCUGAGUAAGCAUCAGAGGAUCCACACUGGGGAGAAGCGCUACAGGUGUGAAGAGUGUGGCAAACCUUUCACUAAUUGCUCGGGCCUUAUUGUUCACCGCCGAGUUCACACUGGAGAGAAGCCCUACAAGUGUGAAGUGUGUGGCAAGGCCUUUACUGUCCGCACAACGCUCUCUAAACAUCAGCGAAUCCAUACCGGGGAGAAGCCUUACAAAUGUGAUGAGUGUGGAAAGACUUUUAAUGUUCACUCAACACUCUCUAAACACCAGAGAAUUCACACUGGGGAGAAGCCUUACAAAUGUGAAGAGUGCGGCAUGGCCUUUAAUGUUCGCUGCAUUCUUUCUAAGCACCAGAGGAUCCACACUGGAGAGAAACCCUACAAAUGUAAAGAGUGUGGUAAAGCUUUUAACAGUUCUUCCAGCCUUCACCAACACCAACAAAUCCAUAGGGGAGAGAAGCUCUAUAAAUGUGAUGACUGUGGGCAGGCCUUUAGCUGUUCUUCUUAUCUGUAUAAGCAUCGGCGAAUCCAUACUGGCAUGAAACCCUACAAGUGCAAGGAAUGCGGCAAGGCCUUUUACUGUUCUGUAAACCUUAUUUACCACCAGAGAGUUCAUACUGGAGAGAAACCAUAUAAGUGUGAUGAGUGUGGGAAAGCCUUUAGCAUUUAUUCAUCCUAUAUGAAGCACCAGAGGAUUCAUACUGGAGAAAAACCCUAUAAGUGCAAUGAAUGUGAGAAAGCCUUUAAUAAUUGUUAUAAUCUAAUCCAACACCAAAGGAUUCAUACCGGAGAGAAACCCUACAAGUGCAAAGACUGUGGCAAAGCCUUCAAUUAUACUUCAAGUCUUGCUCAACAUGAAAGAAUUCACACUGGAGAGAAACCCUACAAAUGUGAAGAGUGCGGCAAGGCCUUUAAUUCUUCUUCGAAUCUUAAACAUCACUGGAGACUCAUACUGGAGAGAAGCCAUACAAAUGUGAACGGUGUGGCAAAGCCUUUAAAAAUUGUUCAGGCUUUACUAGACACUACAGAAUCCAUACUAGAGAAAAUCCAGAUUAGUAAAAACAAGUUGCAUAAUAACUCAACACUAAAGAGUUCAGAUGCGAGAGGAACCUUAGAAACGAAGGGAAAGGGAAGAGCUUUCAUAAUAGUUCAACCCUUAUUCAGCAUCCACCAUUGUAUACUGUAGAGACCUUGUAAUGGUGAAGAAGAUGGCUGUUUUGAACACUCUAUUGUUAUCCAACAUCAAAAACUGGAGAUAUUCUACGAAUGCAAGAAAUGUGUGAAAUCCUCAUUAAUCAUGAGUGAAUUCUAAUCGAACUUUAUACUUGCAUAAUGGCUUGGGAAGGAACACCUUUAAAUAAAUAAAACUGGGAAAAGCAAA